CAGAGGCGAAUGAAGUGACUUGGCCUUGUAAUUGGAUUUCUUUUCAAGUCCCGGCGCGGGGCUGUUUUCCCCUCCCUCGCCUCUGCCCGACUUCCCGCACCAUCACCUUUUUUGUUCCCUGCUUGUGAUGGUUUCCCCAACUUGGUGGUGGAUGCUUGGCUUGCGUUGGCCCUUUCUUCAACCUGUUGUUGCUUGCGUGUGCGCCUAGUCCAGUCGCGGGACACAGGCGUUUGAACGAAAGUAAAUAAAGGGUUGGGGGGAAAAGAAAGACCAAAUGGCAAAACAAUCUUCUGAUUUAAAUUCUGAGUGUGAUAGAGAAGGUGGACAAUUGCAGCCUGCUGAAAGGCCAGCUCAGCCUCAUCACCUUCGGCCUGGGGCCCCUACCUCCUUACAAACUGAACACCAAGGUAAUCAUUUGGGUGAGCGGGACAGUUCAUCACCCAGUAGCCCUCAGGGACCACUGGCACCACCCUCCAGUCCCAGUCCAUUUGCUACCAGAUCCCCGUUGUUCAUGUUUGUAAGAAGAUCCCCACUGCUGUCCAGAUCCUCCAGUGGGUAUUUCUCUUUUGACAUCGACAGGAGUCCUGCACCUAUGAAUUGUGACAAAGCUACACAGACUCCGAGCCCCCCGUGUCAAGCCAUCAAUCAUUAUCUAAGCGCAAUGGGUAAGCAAGAGCAUGCUUCCAGAUGGCAGUCACGGCCAAUACCUGAGGAUAUGCAGCCAGAAAUAUGGAUUGCACAGGAAUUACGACGCAUUGGAGAUGAAUUUAAUGCUUCCUACUGUCCAAGAAGGGGUUUAUUGGAUUACCAGGGAGUAAAUCAUCAGAUCAUAAUUUUGCGCCUCUUGCAUUACAUCGUCCGCUUCAUAUGGAGAAUGCAGUGACUAGUGCUUCAAGAUGCCAUGAAGAUUGUUUACUUGGUUCUAGCAACAAAGCCCAUGAACAAUCUCUCUGGAUGCAGCUAACCUUCCUGACUUUAAGUGUCAUCCAACAAAUUAAAGGAGCAGGAGGACUC